GAACGAAUACUAUCACUCGAAUCUUUGCUUGAAGCCUGAAACACCAGAUAUUGUUUCCGCUGCAUCUUCUGAUAUACUCUCCAGGCCCAGAGUGAAUAAUUAUCCUAAGUAGAAGACGAGCCCAAAGAAUAUUCACGAUGCCUGAUGCAGCGAAAUGGGGCAGCGCUGCCCUUCGGUUCAUUCAACUUGCCCUUGCGGUCAUUGUUAUGGCCCUGAUAGGGAACAUGAUUGAUGACGCCAUACACGGCAGCUCGUCGGUGGUCAACUAUAAUCUAUUCGUACCAGCAUUCAUCUUAUUGUCUUUGCUCUAUCUUAUCCCGGCUUCGCUCAGCGACAAAAUCAUGCUCCAUCCAAUUCUCAUGUUCUUUAUCGAUGCUCUCUGCUGUAUCUUUGCCUUCUGUGGAGCUAUUGCCCUUCCGGCCAGACAGCAUGUGCAUAGUUGUUCCAAUAAGGACUACACUUCCACAAACACAGUCAGCAGCGGAUCGAAGUCCGGGGAGAAAACUUGCCGUGAAGGACAGGCGGCCACUGCUUUCUUGUGGUUCUUGUGGUUUGCCUUUUUGUUGUCCACCCUAUAUUCCCUCUGGCGUGUCAAGCAGCGCUUCUCCGGGGGUGGAGACCGCCAACGUACGUCACCCAACCGCGGACAGGCUCCAACAAUGUCCCAGGUAUAAGGACUGUCGCCGCAUAAAGCUACAAUGGCUUUCCAUCCAAGUUAUAUCUGUCCGGUGUAAAAGAUUAUCUUUGGCUUAAUACUUGGAUUGGAAGGGGACUUGAAUGGAAAAAUUUCGGGAAUAUCAGGAUUUCCAGGCGUCUAUAUAUACAUACUCCCCGUCGUUGCCUGCCGCCGACUCUACCGGGCUAAAACCUUGGUAUAGUGGCGUUUUGGUAGGUAUGGGGAAAAGCAUUUGCUUUGUCCUGUCCUUUGAAGUGGGUUGUAUAAUUUCUAAUAUUUACCCUUCAUUCAAUCCUUUACUCUGCUGUUUCAUAAUGUCUGCCGUCGAUUAGCAUGCCCUAAUCAACAUUUCUCUCUACAUACUCGUAAGCGAGUCCAUUCUCGUAGAAUAAUAUACUGGCAAACUCGGGGAAUAAUAUCCUUUUCCUUUGUGAAGACGCCAUAUUUGACAAUAUAUGAGGGCUACUCAGCAGUAGUAGGUCAAGAGAGGAGACAAAAGCCCAGUAGCAGUACGCCACCCUUGUUGAACUGGUAAUAAGUAGAUAAUACCAUGGGCUAACUUAUUCAACUUUAGCCCUCUCUGAACGACAAUAGGAAAAACGCAGAAUAGAAGAAAAUAUUAGAUCAUCGGAGCUGGCCAUCUUUGUCCAGAAUGAAUUCGUUCAUCGUAUGGAAGUAAAUAAAAGCACGAUAUCUCCCCUUGAACCGAAGUAGCCAACAAACAGCUAGACAAGCAGGAACAGGAGCUUCCCGGGAAGGAGCAUUUGACUCGCCCUCCAGCGGC